UUUCAUUGCAUUGCUUUUAGUCCAUCAAGAUUAGUUUGGAUGUUAUAUACAUCUUCUAGACUAUUACCUAUCUCACCCAAGUUAGCCUUUUUCAAAUUUGGUAAGGUCCAAUCCAGCCGUUUGUCCAAGCAAUUUGCAUGAAUUUUAAAGAGUAGAGGAUCCAGGAGUGAAACUUGGUGGCCUCUGUUAGAUCCAUCACUUGAUGAGGGUGGAUGAAUGCAGUUUUGGGCCAGCUGUGGACCCACUGGGUUGCCAUGGUGCCCACCACAUAUUUAAUUAGCUAGUCAAUCCUCAAGCACAAUUUGAUGUUUUAGAAAGCUUCUAUUGGCGGGAUGAUAAAUGACAUUGUUUUCCUCCUCCAGGUACCAGCGAAAAAAAACAUUGCAGAAUCCAGUGGCUUUUCCUCUAGAGCUGAAGUGGAUAGUCUGGGAUUACAGUGAUAUCAGUGUGUUUCUGAAAGGCAUCAUGAAACAAUUCAGAGAUACUCUGAAAGUUGGAUUUCAACUGCAGAAAGCAAAUAUAACUCUGGAUCCACACACAGCCCACCCCUGCUUCACCCUCUCGGAGGAUUGUAAAAGUGUUCAAGAAGUUGUUCAAGAACAAUACCUUUUCCCAGAUCCUGAGAGAUUUGAAAACUGGCAAUACAUCUUUGGCUGUCAGGGGUUUUCAACAGGGAGACAUUUCUGGGAAGUCACUGUAGGAGAUAAGGAGGAAUGGGCUGUAGGAGUUGCCAAAAAGUCAGUGAAGAGGAAGGAUUACAUCGAUCCUUGUCCUGAGGAAGGGAUCUGGGAGAUUGGGAAAUGGGCAUGGAUUUUCAGAGCCAUCCUUUCCAGAGAAAGCCCCAAAGUGCCCCUGACUAAGAAUCCCAAGAGGAUCCGUGUCGCUCUCAACUGUGAAGGGGGACAGGUGACCUUUUUUGAUGCCCAGACUGCAGCCCUGCUCUACACGUUCUCGGAAGCUGAUUUGGCCGGAGAGACCCUUCUGCCCUCCUUCCUUCUGAACAUCAAUGACUGGCUGACACUCUCUCCCUAAAGUGGGGACAUACAUGAACCAAACUUUGGAAAAAUCCCUAUUUAUGAUCUUUGAAAGGCUGUAGAACAAUUUUGCACAGAAAUAAAUACUGCCCCCCAUGGGAAAUUGGCUGGGAGGGAGGCAGGAUCUCUCCUCCUGCACAGACCCUGUGUUAAUAUUCUGCCUCAUGAGGACCAAAUGGAUGCCUGCAUCUUCUUAUAAAUGUUUUGAAGAUGAACUGAUAUAACCUUUGCAAAAAAUGAUGACUUUGGAAAAGGGAUUGAUGCCAGAAAGUUGGAAAGGGGUGAAUACUGCUUUAAUUCAUAAAGAAGGGCAGGAUGCUUCUGUACCAAAAAAAUGAUCAACCAAUUUCUUUACUAAACAAUGACUAUAAAAUAUCUACUGUGGUUUUAGCUGAAAGAAUAAAAGGUGUUUUUAGGGCUUUAUACAUGGAGAUCAAUGUGGAUUUCUACCUAAAAGAGAGUUGAGGGACAAUACUGUAUAUGACUCAAAGAGCACAAAUUCUAGUCAACCAAGCUCAGAGGACACCAAGCAGAAAUGCCUUCUGUUGUGGGACAAUAUACAAAAUAGACGAUAUCAGAAAUAAUCUUAAUAUACUAGAAUAUAUGGAACAACAUAAUAAAAAACUAGCUGUGUUAGUAUUUCUUGAUAUGGAGAAAGCAUUUGACAAUUUGGACUGGAUUUUUCUAUUUGAAAUUUUGCAAAAAAUGGAUUUUGGAGAUAACUUUAUUACAUGGGUAAAAGUGAUAUAUACGUCACAAAGAGCAGAAAUUCUAGUCAACCAAGCUCAGAGGUCACCCAGCAGAAAUGCCUUCUCUACGAACCUCUCCAUCUAAUGGCUGUGCCUUCUCCUUCAUUGGCUUCUUUUUAAUUUUAUUACGCUAAACUACUUAUCAAAAAGAAAAUAUAAAUGCAUAUAGUAUUA